CAACCAAUGAUUUGCCUUCCUGACUAAGAGAUUGAUAGGACGUGGUUUCAUUAAUCAACUUAAACAAACUUAAAAGUCUACAAAGCUUUAUCUUUAUGUCGGUUUAGCUCAGAAUCCACCGCUUACAACUCUGUGGUAAGACUUCCCCGUUCGAAGUCCACACUAGAACAGCAUGGCGACCCAGUUGGCCAAGAUGACCCGCACCGCUGAGAAGAAACAGCUCUCAGCCCUGAACGGCCAGUUCGCCUCCUACAUCGAGAGGGUGCAGGCCCUGAACCAGAGCAAUGCCGCCCUGGAGAGUCAGCUGCAGGCCGUCCAGGCCAAAGCCGCCCCCGUAGACAAGGGGAAGUACGAGGGGAUGCUGAGUGCGCUGCGCGCUCAGGUGGACGGGCUGUCUCAGCAGAAGGCUCAGUUGGAGUCCGAGAGGAACAGCUGGCAGUCGCAGGCGGAGGAAUGGCAGGGAAAGUGCGAAGAGCAGUAUACGGUGCGCUCGGGGCUGAAGGCCGAAAUCGAGAAGAACAAAACGGAACUGGCAACCAUCAACGCUGCUCGUUCGGGCUUCGAGAGCAGGCUGGUGGCCGCGCAGGGAGAGAUCGAGGCCGUAAAUAGGACUAACUCUGCGGAGAUAGCAGCUAUGCGGGGAGAGUUGGCCCGGACUGUGACUGCGAUAGAGGCAAAGCAGGCGGUUGUGACUGGACCGGACCUCAGCGACACCCUGAGGGAGAUCCGUGAGCAGUACGAGGUGGUCGGCCAGGCGAACAGGCAGGACGCUGAGGCAAAGUACAGGGAGAAGUUUGCGGAGAUAGCCCUGCAACGGCAGAAAGACAGCGACGCUCUGGCAGCCGCCAGGGCAGAAGUGGCUGAGUUCCAAAAGAAGAUCGACACCCUGAGGGCCGAGGCCGAGUCUAUCAGGAGCAAGAACAUCGCCAUGGAAGACGGCAUGAACCAAACGGAGACCCGCAUACAGAAGGAGAUGGAAUCGUACAGGCAGGCCAUCGGCAAACGCGAGGCGCAGAUCGAGCAAAUGAAGCUGGAGAUUGCACAACAUCUCACCAACUACCAGGAGCUGAUGAACGUCAAGAUGGCGCUCGACCUCGAGAUAGCCGCUUACAGGAAGCUGUUGGAGGGAGAGGAGAUCAGGCUGGCCGGUCAGGCUUAGUCGCCCCAACCGGUUCAGACGGCCCAGACCCCCGAGCCAGUGGCACCAACACCU